GAAUUUAGAAUUUUAGAUUUGGGGAUUUAGAGAGUUAAAAGAGCAACAACAACCCCUUGAGAUAUAUUUAACGGCGAAACAAAAAUCUACAAUGACAAACCUAUUCAAUCCGAAACCUAGUCCACCGUCGGUUUGACAGAACAAAAAAACACAACACACAUGUUUCUGUCGAAACCAAGAAACAACGGUUUUAUACUCACUCGGAUAACACAUACUACUAUUUCUCUCAACAAGUAAGUCAAAUCCUUCUUAUACUCACUUCUUCCGUUAUCCUAACACAUAGCGAGUAACCAAUUAUUUCGAUGAAAACAAUGGAUUUGGUUAUACCUACUCAACAAUUUUACUCACUUCACCACUCUCACAAACAAGCUUCUAGGUUAGCAUUCUUCAGAACAAAACCUCUCGUUCUAUCUGUUGAUAAUGUUACAAAACUCAACUGUACAGUUUUGAAACUCGGAACUUCUGGUUUGAAUGGUGAGUCACAACAUUUUGAGAGAACCCCUAAUGAGAAUAAUUCCAAUGGUGUUAUAGAAUCAUCAUCCCAUGAUAAUGGUUCAAGAAGUCUAGAGGAGUUAGAGGAUGCUAGUCAUCUCCGUAAAUUGGUUCAAGUUGGAAAAUUAGAACAAGGUUUAAGGUUUCUAGAGAGUGUUAGUUACAAAGGAGACAUUCCGGAUGGCUUUGCGUGCAAGAGCCUUAUUCGUCAGUUUUGCAAGACAGGAAAAACUAGGAAAGCUAUGCGGGUUAUGAAAAUUCUUGAAGAUUCUGGCGCGGUUCCUGAUAUUUUAGUCUACAAUGUUUUGAUUAGCGGUUUAUGUAAAUCGGGGGAGAUAGAGAAAGCUUUGGAGUUUCUAGAACGGAUGAGUGUUUCGCCUGACGUGGUUACGUACAAUACCAUUUUGCGUAGUUUCUGUAAUGGUGGUAAGUUGAAGCAAGCUAUGGAAGUUUAUGAUAUGCAAUUGCGAAGGGGGUGUUAUCCGGAUGUGAUUACAUAUACUAUAUUGAUAGAAGCGACUUGUAAAGAGAGUGGAGUUCGCAAAGCGAUGAAGUUAUUGGAUGAGAUGAGGGUUAAAGGAUGUAAACCAGAUGUGGUUACUUUCAAUGUUCUUAUCAAUGUUAUUUGCAAGAGAGGUAGGUUGGAGGAGGCAAUUGAGCUUUUGAAUAACAUGUUGUCGUCUUAUGGUUGUGAACCGGAUGCGGUUACGUAUAAUAUUAUUUUGAGUAGCUUGUGUGGUACUGAAAGAUGGAGGGAUGCGGAGAGCUUAUUGGCGGACAUGCUUCGUAAGGGUUGUUCUCCGAGUGUUGUUACUUUCAAUAUCUUGAUUAACUAUUUGUGUCGAAAAGGGUUGCUCGGUCGGGCCAUGGAUAUCUUGGAGAAGAUGCCAAGCCAUGGUUGUACUCCUAAUUCGUCGAGUUACAAUCCAUUGCUUCAUGGGUUUUGUCUAGAAAAAAAGAUCGACAGAGCGUUUGAGUAUUUGGAAGUAAUGGUGUCUAGGGGUUGUUACCCGGAUAUUGUGAACUAUAAUACUCUGCUUACUGCUUUAUGCAAAGACGGGAAGGUGGACGUUGCUGUCGAGUUGUUGAAUCAAUUGAGUAGCAAAGGGUGCUCUCCGGUUGCCAUUACUUAUAAUACAGUUAUUCAUGGGCUCUCGAAGAUGGGGGCAAAUGAGCAUGCUGUGAAACUCUUGGACGAGAUGUGUCGGAAAGGUCUUAAACCCAAUGGAAUGACAUACUCUUCGUUGAUUAGGGGAUUUAUCCGCGAGGGAAAGGUUGAAGAUGCUAUCAAAAUUUUCCAUGACUUGGAAAGAUUGGGUAUUUUGGCCAAUGCUUUCACUUACAACUCGAUCAUGUAUGGACUUUGUAAGGCGCGUCAAACUAGCCGUGCUAUCGAUCUUCUGGCUCAUAUGAUAGCAAAAGGAUGCAAACCUACGGAAGGUACGUAUACCAUUCUUAUCGAAGGCAUUGCUUAUGAAGGAUUAGCUGAGGAGGCUUUAGGGUUAUUGAAUGAGUUGUGCGCCAGAGGAUUUAUGAAUCAAAAUUCUGCAGAAAAGGGAACUGGACUGGAAUUGAAAGAAUAGACGGAGCACAAUGAGUUAUAUCUCGAACAAGAAGGCUUGUGACUUUGGAUAUGGAAGCUUCCUUCAUAGUUAUUAGUUUCAUGACGAAGAUUUUCUUUCUUUUGAUCUCAAUCUUCAACUGAAUUUUUUUGAUACUAUUGUGAGCCAAUUAUGCAGGUGGUUGCUCAUUCUGGGGCAAAUUGGGCUAACAAAUAGUACUCGUCGAGUUUAUUGCGACUAUUUGUUAUUUCCGUGUCAAUAUCUCAGUGUCAAUAUCAGUGUCUGUGUUGUGUUGUGUCCCGUGUCUGGAUCAGAUAUAUUAUAUGUUGUCAAACAAGUUGUAUCUCUUGGGAAUA